AUGCUGUCCUUCACCUCCCACAACCCCUCCACCCCCCAAACCAUCCUCCUCAUCCACAGCGGCUUCUCCACCAGCUCAGAAUGGGACCAAGUCCUUCACCACCUCACCUCCGAACCACACCCUUACCACGUCCUCGUGCCCGAUCUCCCCUCCCACGGCACCUCCCUCCACCUGAAGCCCCUCAGCGUCUACAGCACGGCCUACCUCCUCAGCCAGCUCAUCCGCGACCAUGCACACGGCGGUACUGCGCACGUCGUGGGCGCUAGUCUGGGCGCACAUAUCGCCGCCCAGCUUGCGGCGCAUUACCCCGCGCGCGUGUCGUCGCUGUUUGUUACUGGCUUUAAUAUCUUCGCUCCGAAUGUGCUGACGCCGUUUUUACCCCCGCUGGUGUACUUUCUGCUGCAUACUGCUGAGCUACUGUCUCACCCGACGGAGGGGAUGGCGCGCUUGCAGCGCGGGGAAGGAUCGCUGGACCUGUGUCGUGAUGCUGUCGAGAUGGUUGUGUCGGCGCGAGAGCUGGAGAGGAUUGAUGGGGAUAGUGUCUCCGCGUUGGUGGUUGUUGCUGCGGCCAAGGAGGGCCUGUUGUUGCCUGCUUGGGAUCGGCAGGAUGAUGCUAGGCGACUGCUUGAGUCGGUGACGCGCACUGGGAAUGGACCCGCACCUGCUAGUAGGGCCGUUCUGCACCGUGGGGUACGGCAUUCGUGGCAGAUUGACGAGCCGGAGCUGUUUGCGCGGACUGUGCGCGCUUGGAUUGCGGGGCUGGAGUUACCCGUUGGGUUUGAGGAUCUUGACUGA